CAACACGGCAGGGUUCUAAGAUAUAGAGGGGCUGGGCAGCUGAUUGUAUAAUAAGAUCUAGCUCUCUCUGGCCACUUGAGUAGCAUCUGACUUUUAAUUUCUCACCAACGUUUUCGAUUAGCUACAAUGGCCGUCUAUAGAGGGAAGCAAGGCUAUCUAGGCUAUCUUCUCACAGCUGCAAUCAUUCUUUGUUACUGCAUCACACCCACAGUCGCAACAGCGCGCUCUUACACUCAGUAUGAGCAUUUCUUCCCGGCCUGGGAGCACCUCAUCCAGGAUCAGCUUAGGAAUAACUGCACCAAGCAGCUGAAUAACUACAGGAACCGUUCCAACACAGAUCAAGGAUCAGGCUAUAACGUCAUAGGCUGCGUCCUAGAAACCAUGCCCGAGUAUCGCAAGGCUGAACUUGCCUCAGCUGCUGUCAUCCUCGGUCUCGCGCCUACAGUUCUUCAAUUAAUGAGUGCCUCGUAUCUCGACACUGCGGUGCUGGCGUAUCGUCGUCCUGGGCUUGCCUUUCUGCUUUCAAUGUCCAGUUCCGGAGUGCGUCCUCUUACAGCAACAGAGUACGACGACUUCAUCGCCACAAUGGGUGCCGAUCCCUUUCAUACCAAUUUUGGCAAAUCACAAUCAGUCUGGGCACCCACUAUUGUCUCCAUACUAGAGUAUACUAUUGCUAGUGGAGUCGUUGCCAAUAAUGCCUACCUCGCAUAUCAGCUUAGCGUAUGGGCAGUCUGUACAUUUUCCCCCCAACAGGACUUUCUUCCUGCUAUGUGGACCGUUGCAGCUCUGGUCAUACAUCUAGUUGGAUACUUGGCUGCCAGAUUAAGAAUCUCUGUGGAAGGAAGAGGAGGAAGCGGAGAAGAUAACAAUCGAGGUACACGGUGGCAUAGACUCUGGGCUGAGCUCACACCUACUCCCUGGCAGACUAGGCUCGAGGUCAAGAAAAACGACAGGCACAAUGGCUGGUUUCUGGUGCUGGUAUCUGCUCUUUAUAUUGGGGAUGCGCUGCAGGCAUUCUUCGGGACUCUCAUUCUUUCAAGUUUAGUCUUUAUAAGUGUGAGGGAUUCGGCUAUUAUAGUGAUUCGGUUGAUGGCGAGUGCUCUUUUUGCCAGAGGGAUCCUGAUUUAUGAGUUAGCUGGGUUUAGGACAGAGAAGGAGGGACGUGGUCUAUCUGAAAAGCCCCACUACUCGGCCGUAGAAACAUAAUAAGUUAUUCGGAUAGCGAGAUCGCUUUAGCAGAAUGGGCAUCAACACUUGUAGCCAAACCAAUGACUGUGUUCAUUGUUGGAUGGAGGCGGAUAAUGAUAAUCCACGAUAAAGGAAUAGAAUAGAAAGCAAUGCAUCUUUGAGAAAGGAG